AUGCUAAGAACUGUUCUGCCACUGCAUAACAGCAGGAAACUGGCGCUGCGUUUCUUUCAGACGGAGCAGCGGAAGAACACCAAUCUUCACGGUCUAUCGGCUGUGCAGAAGAAGAAGGUAAUUUUGAAAAUGUUUAAACAACUCACCAGGGAGGAUAUGGACGCCCUCAAGAAGAGGGCUGCCGCUUGGGAGGCUAAAAAAAUAAGUGGAGAGACGGCGAUUCCAUCGUACCGACGUCGGAAUGAGAUUACACCGUAUGAGCUCUUCUACAAGGAACAGCUGUCGAAUCCCUCCAUUGCAUCCAUUGCAUCCCCUAGCGUCCGAGAGAAGAAGUUGUUUGCCAUCUUUAAUUCCCUGCCUGUUGCCACGAUGGAGGCGCUUGAGAAGCGUGCAAGAGAGCUGUCACAAGGUAUAGCCUUGAGUGAUUCCCCGCCGCCGUCAGGGAAAAAGCCCUCAGCUAGCAAGAAGAAGAAGAAGCGGAUUACGAUUAAAACCAGCAGCAAGAGUCGCAGCAUGACGAGUCAAGGAGCUUCCGUGAGGAAAAAAAAGAAGAGAACCCGUCACAAGGACCCAAGGUGUCACCGUACGCGGCGUUUGUGA